AUGCAGUGGGGCGCGCUGCGCGCACGAGCAUCUCGGCCGCCUCAGCAGCCACCGGGUUUAGCGGGUUCCCGCAUGCUGCGGCCCCCGCGCGCUCCCCUGGCUGUCCCGCGCUGUCCGCAUCGCCCCCACGGGGGGCGGCUAUCCCAGCCGGAGGCUCUGCAGCAGGGCUCUACCGGGCGGAGGAGAGAUGGAGAGGCAGGGUCAGCCCACCGGCGGGGGAAGGGAGGUGGGAAGAAGCUGCAGUCUGCAGUGCUCACACCCCGCUGUGUGCCCAGGAGGCUCGACCAAAGAGAAGGAGCUGAACCUCUGUGCCCAAGACGCCCCCAGUGCGGAUCCUCAGACCCUGUGGCUGACAACGGGAGCUCUGCUCCGGGGCGCACAGCAGAAUGGGAGCCCCAGGUUGUCCAUCCACGAGAAGCUAACUGGAAACCACCACCCUCACCCCCUACCACCUCCCCGGCGCCGGCUGGGAGUUCGGGAGGGAGAAGCAGCUCCCUCCGGGCCCUUUACUGCGGGGCCAGCUCCGCGCCGGGCGUUCGGCUCCCCACUUCCCGGCGGGACUCCGGAGAAUGCCUGGCCACCCUGGCUCACAGCACUGGCAAAGCUGGGUUCCUGGGGCGUGCUUUUGCUGCGGUCGCCUCCGAGGAAGAGGAGAAGGAAGGCAGGGGCGUCCCCCACACCAACUUAGAGACUUGUUCUCAGCCCCCGGCGAGACGCAGCGGCCCCCGCACAAGCCGAAGAGGCUUGGAUCCCCGGAGGGGAAAGCGUCUCCUGCCCGCAGCAGCCGUCCCCGGAGGCGGGCCGAGGCAGACCCCGCAGUCCCUCGGCGGCGGCGCGGAGCGAGGCCACCCGCUCCUGGGGCGCCGGAUAGGUGACUGGCUGGCGACAGGGGCGCCUGUGGCUGCGGGCGCCGCUGUCCGUGGUGCUAGAUCCACGCUCUCCGCCCGUUCCCGGGCGUCUGGUGAGGCUGAAGAAUCAAUUAUUCAGAUCUCAGCUACCGCUUCCUCCUCCCCCAGAGCCUCGCGCAGGAAAGAAGCAGCUAAAGUGCAGAGAAUCUGGGCAAGAGGAGGGACUGCCCAGCAGGGAAAUCUUAGAUUGAAGCUGGCAGAGAUCACCCGUCAAGUCCAGGCCGUGUUCCCCUUCUUCAGGGACGACUACGAAGACUGGAAGGACUCCAUCUGCUGCAACCUUUCCUCCGACCGAUACUUCUGAAAGGUGCCCAGGACCCAACGAAGGCCAGCCAAGAGCAAUUUCUGGGCAGUCGAUGUGAGCCUGAUCCCGUUGGAGGCACUGCAGCUGCAGAAUACCACCUUGUGCCAGCACUGGCAGACAGGGGCAUGCAGAGCCUUCACCAAAGACCUGGGCCCCUACAUGCUGCAUGGUUGGCCUUACUGGCCACCCAUUACCCCACUGCCACCACCCAGCAAAGGCUUCAGCAUUAAGUCUCUGUUUGGAGACCCCAGGGAGAGGACACCCUGGCCCCAGCUGGCACUACAGAGCAGCUCAGCUCUGACAGGCACAGGGAGCAGUGUGGAGGAGGCCGUGUCCACUCCACCCCUGCACUCCUCCGAGGGUCCUCUGUGGCCCCCCAGCCCCCUCUCCAGGCCCACAAGAAUGGAGGGGGAGACUUUGGAGGGGGGAACUAUCGGGCCCUCAUCCCUCUCCACAGAGCCCAGGGCCUGGCCCCUCCACUUACCUGGGGGAUUGUCCAGCAGGGGACACAAGGCCUUGCUUUGGGGGCAGCUGCCCACCUACUACUUGCCCAUUUACACCCUCAAUGUGGUAAUGCCCUUGGCCCCACUACCACCCACCUCCUGUCCCCAGUGCCUACCUUUAACCAGCCCAGCCUACUGGGGAGUAGCCCCUGAAACCCGAGGGCCCCUAGGGCUGCUCUAGGAUCUAGACACCCCCUUCCAGGGAGUUCCACCCAACAAGAGCAUCUAUGAAGUGUGGGUCAGCAGCCACCUUUGGGACCUGGCUACCUCUGCCCCAGGCUGGCUGCUCUCCUGGUACAGCCUGUGA